AGUAUUGCUAGCAGCUGUCAGUCCUUACUUUAAGGACGUUUUCACGAGCUUCGGCAAAGAAUCCCAGGGUGGAGAAGUUGUGCUGCAGGAUAUGGCUCCCUUCAUCCUCCAAAGCAUUUUACAAUAUAUCUACACAGAAGAGCUAUCACUUAGUCUGGAGACAGCCCCAGAGCUGUUUGCAGCAGCCAGCAAGCUACAGAUCCGCCCCCUAGUGGAGAUCUGCUGCAGGUUCCUUCUGAAGAACAUUUCCAUGCAGAACUGCAUUGGGCUUUACAGACUGGCUCAGGCUUACAACCACCAAGCUCUCUAUUAUGCUACCAUGCAGCUCAUCGUCCUAAACUUUGGAAGGUUCUGUGAGGAUGAUGACUUUUUGAGUCUGGACCUCAGCAGUUUAAUCACCAUCUUGUCUUCAGACGACCUUACAGUUGCUUCUGAGUUAGAAGUCUACCUGGCUGUGCGACGCUGGAUACAGUUUCAACCCACCACAGGCCACACCCUCCUCAAUGAGCUGAUGAGGCAUGUCCGGCUGCCCCUCCUGACAGAUAGUGAGGUUGUAGAGGUGCAGCUGGAUUCAGAACGGUAUGGGGAUGUUCAGCUUCUCUGGAAGCAGCUGGACAGUGAAGAGAGGUUGCAGGAGAGCGGGGGACUCAGACAAGGCAUGUCUGAUGAACUGAUAAUGUGUGUAGAUUCAACGAUGUGGGAGGACCAAGAGUUGGAGAAUGAAGCUUUUCUGAUGGGCUCUUAUGAUCCUCAUGCUGAAAAGUGGGAAAAGCUCACAGGCUUGAAAUCUUUGACACAUCCAGCCUGUGUGGCACUUGGAGACAAGCUCUAUGUAUCUGGAGGCAUCUACAGGAAUUCUUAUUCAGAUGCUUUGUAUGAGUUCAACUCUUUUAAUGGCCAGUGGACACAGCUCCCUUCAAUGUCCGUGCCCCGUGCUACACAUGGAUUCCUAAUCUGUAACCAGAGGCUGUAUGCUAUGGGAGGCUGGUGUGGAUUUCAUGAGUUCCUCAAUUCUGCAGAAUGCUUUGACCUAGCAGAGCAGAUAUGGACUCCCAUCUCUAGGAUGCCUUUUGUUCUGAGCCGUUCUGCCUCCACAGUGCUCAAGAAGAAACUAUACUUACUAGGGGGAGCAACAGGCCUGACUGGUUAUUGGCAAUUUCAUAGAGGGCUUCUGAUCUAUGAAGUUAGCUCGGACACAUGGACUCAGGUGUCUCUGGACAAUGGGUUCUUUUCAGCGGGUGCUGUUGCCAUGAAUAAUGGGAUAUACAUUAUAGGUGGGUAUGCUGAAAAGAGAGCCAGAGAGUGGGCUGAGGGGGGUCUCAUACCAGAAAACCGCCACUGCACUAGAAAGUGUUUCUUUAUCUCUGAUGAUGGCAGCAUGAAUGAGGAGGUGAUCGUUCCAAAACUGCCAAAGGCAAUUGCUAAUGCUGCAGUGGUCCAUUGGGAAAAGAGGAUCUACGUCUUGGGUGGGGAAAAUUUAACCCAAUGUUAUAAAACAAUUUAUUAUUGGGAACCUGGUGAGCCCAGGUGGAGCAAAUGUCCAGAAGAUAUCCCUGUAUUUUCUGAAGGUGUCAGCGGAUUUGGUUGUACAACGCUGAAGAGACCCAAAAAGGAGAUCCUGUCCCUUUUUCAAAAGACAUCGGUAGCCCUGAUAGGUGUUGUUGGGAAAUAGCUGCCUCUUAAUAUUUCCUUUUAGUUAGCUUUGAAUAAACAUAAAUAGUGGAGCAAGAAACAAACUAUGAUUAAAUCUUGAGCACGAACAUAAUUACACAGGGUAAUGUGGACUCACAACUGACACUAGCAAAAAGCUUACGACACUGUAAAAACACAGCCUGCUCCAGAAAGGCUGUGCCACAUCAGUGGGGCAUGAUAUUUCUUGCAAAAGGCUUUCUCCUGAUUGAAUUUGCCUGUGUUAGAGGUCAGAAAACUUCUGUAUAAAGGGAGCAAAUUUACAGAAUGUUGAAGUAUGUAACUGUGACCUGUAGUUUCUAGAUGGAUGGCCUUGCACAUGGUUGUAUUAAAAUGCAUCUUGGUCAAAAGGUCUGGUUGGAAUUAUAUCCUGGAAAGCAAUGACUCUGGAAAGGACUCAGUGGUCAGGAAGAUAACCAUUGGACUAUGAGCGCCCAGUGUGAUAUGGUGGCUAAGAAAGCUACUGUGAUUUUUGAAAGUAUAAACAGGAAACGAUUGAGUAAGAGUAGCGAGGUGGUAAAAAUCUGUUGUAAAAAUCACAAGGGAAACAAUUCCUAGACUAUUGUAUCUAGUCGUCGUGUCUGAAUUUCAAAAAAGAAGCUGAAAAAUUAGAAAGUGUUCAGAAAAGAGCUACAGGAAUGAUUUGAAGUCUGGAAAACCUGUCUUUACAGGGAAAGAGUUAGGAAGCUCAAUCUAUUUAGAUUAUGAAAGAGAAGACUCAGAGGUGAUGUGAUCAUGGUCUAUAAGGUCUUUACGGGGAGAAGAUUUCCGAUAGAUGAGGGCUCUUUAAUUUAGCAGACAGAGGGCUAAGAAGAGCCAACAAUUGGAAGCCGAAGCUAGAUAACUUCAGGAUAGACAUAAGGCAUUCUUUUAAACAGUGAGGGUAGUUAACCGUUGGAACAAUUUACCACAGGAUGUAGUGGAUUCUCCAUCACUUGGCGUCUUUAAUUCAAGACUGGAUAUUUCUUUCUGAAAGAUACAUUUUAGCUCAGCCAGAAUUUUUAGGCUAGAUGUAGGAGUAAAUUCUACGGCCCAUGUUAGACAGGCGGUCAGAGUAGAUGAUCCUAAUGAUCCAUUCGGGCACUAAGUACUAUGAAUGGUGACAACAUCAAGAGAAACACACGUGCCACUCUCUGGAAGAAUGUGAAAAAUCUCAAAGCCAUUUCUCUCGGAAAUUCACAUUUCUGAACUUUGAAACAGCUGGUGGAGGAGGAUGAGGUUGUACUAAAUAAAACUUCCUUUUGUGUAGAUUAGGCACUAGGCUGGGAAUCAGGAGGACCAGAGGUGUAUCUCCACGUCUGUCCCUAUCUGGUGGAACUCAAACUCAGUGAUACUUAUAUAGAACUUUAGGAACAUUGGCCCAUUUUCAGGUGUGCAUAACUGGAUGCGUAUCCAGCUGUACAUCUUCUCUACUGAUGCCUCAGUCUGAGACAGUUCAUCAUAUUUGCCACCUUAGGUGUGGGACUCUCCCUCAUGUUCUCUGCAGUGACGACCCAAUGCAAAGAAUUCACUUAGCGUCUCUGCAAUGGCCUUGUCUUCCUUGAGUAUUCCCUUUAGCACCUCGAUUGUCCAGUGGCCCCACUGAUUGUUUGGCGGGCUUCCUGCUUCUGAUGUACUUACAAUAAAUUUGCUGCUAGUUUUUGGGUUCAUAGGUAGUUUUUCUUCAAAUUCUUUCUUGGCCUGCCUUCUUAUACUUUUAUACUUGAUGUGCCAGAA